AAUGAAGGCAAUGUAAAUGCUAAAGAAUAAGACGAAAAUCUUACCGACGGCUCUGUCCUCACCAUGGGAUUGUCCCAGAUACAGGCUCGGCUGGAAAGGCUUCCUAACCUUCCUUACCAAGCCUGCCGCCUGGUGGUUUGUGAGAUGCCACGGAUGCCGUUUCGGUUCUUCAGUGCUGCAAAUGCCAAACUAAGAUAAACUGGCAACAGCCACAACCUUUCCGCUCCUCAAAUCAGCGUAUGCUCCAGCCGUUUGCCGGCGUAACUUGGAGCUACAAGAAGUCCUUUCAGAUUUGAGAUACCCUAGUUCCUUCAAUAGAGUUUUCUCAGUCAUUUGUCCAGAACGAAACUUCUUACUUUCAGUGCUUUACGGAAAAAAAAGACAGUUUGAAGGCCCACCAUUUCUGCAGUUUUACGGAAAAGGACAGUUCGAGCCCCGGAAUGGCGGCAGCCGUCUCGCACAUCACGCCUUCUGUUCAUGGACUAUCUCAUCUUACGAACGUCCAUGCUGUCGAGAGGAAAAUGGUAUCAAUGUCUCUGAGCAGGAACCUGCCGCGUUAUCAGCUGACUCGAUUCAAAAAGCAAGUACGUGGCGUGGAAGGCUUCAGCAGCAGCCUCAGCAGCAGCGGAAGCAGAUCCUUUAAGAUAGCUACUUGUGCUGCGAUGUUUCCUGCGACUUCCAAUUUUAGCCAUGAAAGCAGGGGUGUUGUUGCUUCUGCAUCUUCUUCUCCUUCUGCUGCUGCUGCUUCCGCGAGCAGCACGGGCGCAGGGGGGCCAGCAGUGUCGGAGGCGGUCAUUGUGGGUGGAGGAUUGGCAGGUCUCGCAUCAGCUAUUGGCCUCCGGAACAUUGGGAUUGACGCCCAGGUGUACGAGGCACGGGACGAGGUGCUAGGGGAGGGAACUCUCCUCUGCCUCUUCCCCAACGGCCUCAGAGCUCUCAACAGAAUUGACCCGGCUAUCGUCCCCAAGCUGAUAGCCCGUGGAGUAGCAGACCCCACCUGUCUCAACCACUCUCCGACCGGCGAUCUUCUCUUCUGCUGGGAUCUCGCCUCAAACAUGACUGCCCGGUUCGGCUUCCCCAUGCUCGCGAUCCGUUGGCAAGAGGUGCACGACGUGCUGCGUGGGAUGCUGCCAAACGAUGCCAUCCACAUGGGCCACCGGCUCGUGGAGUUUACGCAGGGAGAGGAGGCGGAGGGGGAAGAUGGUGAGGGGAGCGGCACAGUUGAUAGGAAUGGCUCGGUGAAAUGCGUUUUCCAAAGUGUUUCGGGCGGUCAAGAGCGGUUGCUGCAGGUGGAGACCCCUCUCUUGCUUGGGACAGACGGCAUUCACUCGGAGGCGCGGAAGCAUCUGCUGAGGGUGGAGGAGGGGCGCAAUGGCAGUGGUAAUGAGAAUUGGAGUGGCGGGGCUGCAGGGGAUGGAGUGGGUCCGCGAGACAACGGCAGAACCAUCUGGAGGGCCAUCAUUGAUUCCAGCCUCACCUCCCACCCGCCACGUCACAUAGUAACCACUCUCGGUGUCAACCGCACAGCAGUCGUCGUCGAUUCUGGAGCAGGCAGGCUCUACUGGGCCCUCACACUCGUUGAUGGCGCCGAUCCGACGGUCAGCAGCGGCCGAUCCAGCAGUGGGGAGGAGGCUCGGGAGAAGAUCCUGCGGGCGUUUGAGGGGUGGGAUACGGUGAGGCAUCUGGCCCGGGCCACUUCCCCUGAGCUCAUCCUUGAACGCCGCGUGCUCGACCUGCCGCCCCUGCCCUUCUGGGUCAAAGGGAGGGUGGCUCUUCUGGGAGAUGCGGCGCAUGCAGUGACGCCAUCGCUAGGGCAGGGGGCGAAUUUGGCGUUUGAGGAUGCGGCUCAGCUGGUGGAGUGCCUCAGGGCGCACUCGGGUCUCAGUGAUGCCCUUCGCUCCUUCCAGUCGCUUCGCAUGCCGCGAGUGCAUGCUGUGGCAUCACAGAACAAUGCUAGUACCAAGAAAGUGUACGAGAAGAAGGAACCAGGCAAGGGGAGAGGGGGCAGUGGUGCGAGUGAGGCGAAUGCAGCAGGACCGACAUUUAAAGAAGUUGCAGCGGCAUCGGCAGCGGUAGCAGUGCGAGAGGGGCGCGAUCCUGACGACUUCCUAUAUGCUUACGAUACUUUUGCUUUGGAGGACUCUCUUGUUGCAGCUGUUGUGGAGUAAUGCGUAUCGCGAGAAAAGUUGGCUAGGGGAAGCACAGGAACUGAGAUUUGUCUCAGUGUUGUACCCUAAACGAACUGCCUCUAGCUAGGCUAUAGUUUAUAAAUAUUCCUAACACAUAUAUAUGAACGCUAACUGAAACCUCUGGCCACAUACCGCACCUUGAACUGCAGCGGCUCUUUAGGCGGGCGCUUCACCUCAGAGAUCAACAUGCCAUCGAAUAUGUUCUUUCCAGGUGGAGGAACUGCGUCGACGUAAGUGUCAAUUGAUUCAUAAGAUGACGUCUUUGCCUCCAUGACCUGUAUCUACUGGGCUGCCUGGGCACCCGAGACCGCCUCAGCAUACGAGCGUGGGGUAGGGAUGUUCAGGGCCUCCAGAUCACUCUCAGGGGACACAACCAUGGCACAGAGAUGAGGUACAGCAGCCGCAAGAAAAGCUAGCUCGAACUGCCUAUCUUCUAGAACGUCACUGCCAAGGGCAGAUGCACCACCGACGGACGGAGGACAGGCAGGGUGAGAGACCAGAGCGGGGGCGUAGUCAAGGCAAUGGCUUGUGGCAAAGUCAGCAACUACAGCGACGAGGGCAGAGAUACCCUCAACAAGAGCGGUAUGGUCAGUAACAAGCGAUGCAAGCAAGUGGGAGACGACUGGAUGAGUAGUGCGAGCAAAGUCAGAUAGAGGAGUAGAGGACAGGGGUAGGGAUGAUUGCAGAGGGAGCGGUAGGACAAAGAAUGGAGGAGCACAACAACGAAGAACCAUGGGGUGGACACGAGCACGAGGAGAAACAGGUCGACCACCAGGGGGACGACGCACCCAGUGGGGU